AUGACUGAUGAGGAGUUUGAGGCGCUUUUAGAUGAGGUGAUCAUGAUGGAAGAUGCCACUGCCGAGAUGGCUGAGGGUCUGGACCUCGCAUCAAUGGCAGUAGGAGGAGGUGAAGAAGUUAGCACGGUAAGUGACUCAGAAGGCAUAGCCCACCAACCAGGAGACAAGGUGGAAGAGAAACAUACCGAAGAUGAAGAGCCGAAGUCAGUGACCCCCCAGCCAGAAGCAGGGGAGAGUGAUACACACAUCAAGGAGAAGGAGACCGAGGAAGAUCCGAAGGCAAAACGGCCGAAGCCAAAGAGAGUAUCCCAAAGAUGCCUCGAGAAAUGGACAUCCAGCAAGGCAGGAGCAAACACGGUAGCAAGUGCAGUGGAGAUCUCUAGUGAAGAAGAAAGGGCUACUCCUACAAAACCUGGGGAGGUAUCCUUGUCAGCUACCAACUUGAAAGAUGCCUCGACAGCAACCGAAGUGGUCUCACCCACGCCGAGUGACCAGAGAGAGGAAGCUGACAAGAUGGCUGAGGGUCUGGACCUUGCAUCGGAGUCAGUAGGUCACGCAGAGCCAGUAGAUGACAGUACCCAUAUCCGCAUGGAGACCCAGCCUACUGCCCAGAAGGAGCUUUCAACACCAACAGAGGAGAGACUGGAGGAUAAUGAAGAUGAAGAUGAGGACAGAUACCGCAAGGAAAGGAAAAGGAAAGGGAAAGCCCCUGUUAAGAAGAAGCCAAGCAGCAAGAAGCAAUGCACGGUCAACACCGGCAUUGUCAUCACAGAACCAGAUCAGAGAGCCCCACCGCGCCGAAGGGAGCCGAGUGACAGUGAGUACACUGCCAGUGAGGAAUCGGAGUCAGACAGUGACGUCUCCCUAGAAGACGAGGAGUAUGGUGAAAAGCAGCUCCCAAACAACCAUCGUGACUUGAUGCAUCCUCCGGUGGAAAGAUUGAAGUAG